UCCAUCUUCCCUCUCUCCUAUGAAGUCCUCUCGAUGAGGAACUUGGAAGUACCAAAUCUUUAGUCCAAUACGUUAUUGCGCCGCAGUCGUGGUCUUCCUCGAUCUUUGUGUUGGUUGUCGAUCUCUGAGUGGGUCAAUCUCUGUGUUAGUCGUUGAUCUCUCUGCGGGUCGAUCUCUGUCUUCGUUCAUCUCUGUUUUGGUCGAUCUAUGUUUGCUAGGGGUUGGUCUCUGUUUGGCAAUGGAAGGGUCCAAUAACGUAUCCGGGCGUGUCGUGGACGUGUCGAGUAAAUAAAUAAUAAAUAAAAGAAUCGGAUACUUAAAUGUAUGAAUCCCAGACGUACUUUUCACGUGUCCGAGGAUAUCAGUGAAGCUCCAAUUUUUGAAGACGAUUCCCUUUUCCUCUCAGUUAUCUUGUUCUUCAUGCUGUGACCCAUCUCAGUCAUAUAUGGUACACCAGAUGAUUUAAUGAAUAGUGUAUCCUUUGUAAGCUCUUGAUGCCUAGUAGACUAGUAGUAGUUCUCCAUGAUUUCUAUAAGUGCUUGACAUGUUAUAUCCUGAACAGAUUUCUUGGUGGUUUUGUUUGUUAAAUUACUGGAUCUUAACAGAUAGGGAAAGUACUAAAGGAUAAAAAUCUCAGCAUUAAUGUUAAGAAUCUCUUUGACCAAUCUGUUAUCAGAUCCUCUUGGAGAUUAACAUCUAUAGUCUAUGGAUUUUUCUAUUUUCUGUUUUUUAAUGAAGAAAGAUCUUAUUUGUAUGUCUUCCCCUGUAAUCUUUAACCGUCAAUGUACUGGCUCAAAUGGUAUUGGUAAAACUUGACUCCUCCAAGAAGUGAAUUCAUCAUUCCUCCUGAUCAAUUUGAAUAUGUUUUUUGGUUGUGAGAUGAUUGCACUCCUAUUGAACUUGACUCUUUUUAUAAUUGUUUUGAAAGAAUAUGAUUACUGUUCUUUUUCUAGAGCAAAAUACUGAGUCGCUCAUGGACACUGUCAAACCUAGUUACCUGUAGUGAUAAGUGCAUAGAUGUAUGAUGUCUCUUAUGCCUUAUCUAUUAAAGAUGGUCCUGCAAAGCUUUCAUUGCUCCAAUAUUUUUUUUUAAAAUUUGCAUUUAGCAUGUUCUUUUUCCCUUAAAAACUUUUUCAUUUUUUUUUUAUAGAUUCCACACAAUUCUUUUUGGUUUCCUUGCAAAACAAAUGAUGAUUCCACAGUAUUCAUUGGCAAUGCCUGCCUUAUUCUAAGUUGUGUCUCUUCUAUUUUAUGUAAAAGGAGUAAAGUUGUCAUGAUAUAUGAUGUACAAUUUCAUAUUGUAUGUAAAGUCUUCACCUAACAUUUAAAUUGUCAGUAGUAGAAUAUAACUUUAGCAUGUGGAAUUAAAAAAAAAAAAGAAUUGAAAACAGCAUGCAUCAUGCAACCAAAAUAAACGAAAACAUCAAGUAAGAUGGUUUGCUAUAAAGUCUGAUGUGAUGGUUUCAUUUCAUGAGUUGGUCUCACAAAAACCUUAUCAAGUAAGAGAAGCCUGUGUUUUGACAUUUGAGAGAGAUGGCAGAUCAACAGAGGUUGGUCAGUUCAUCACCAUCUCCAUCUACUACAACAACGUCUACAUCUCCCCUCCUGUCCUUGAAUCAUGUCUCAUUUGUCGUCAACUCUGUUAGCACUUCUGUAAGGUUUUAUGAAGAUGUCUUGGGAUUUGUUGUCAUCAAAAGGCCUUCUUCUUUCAACUUUGAAGGAGCUUGGUUGUUCAAUUACGGAAUUGGCAUUCAUUUGCUGGAGUCUGAUAACAUCACAGCGAAGAAACAUGUGAUCAAUCCUAAAGACAACCACAUUUCAUUCCAAUGCUCAGAUAUGAGGCUCCUUGUUCUGAAACUCGAAGAAAUGAAGAUUGAUUAUGUGACAGCUAGUGUAGAAGAAGGCGGCAUCAGAGUUGAUCAGCUCUUCUUCCAUGACCCUGAUGGCUACAUGAUUGAAAUAUGCAACUGCAACAAUCUCCCAGUUCUUCCGCUCUCAGCAUCCCCUCUCAGGACACCAGAUACCCACAUGCAUGAAUCAUGCAUUACCAUACUUUCAAGGGAAGAGAAGGCUGGAGAUGCAGUGCUUAGGAGAAGUUGCAGCCGCAAUGAUGGAAAUGUUGAGAGUGGAUUCCGUAACUGAAGACGAUGACUUUUCAGUCAAAAUGAUUUUUUUUUUUUACUUCAAUUUCUUGUAUAUUUAUAUCUUGAUGGGGCUGGAAGAAUGAGAAAUAAAAUCAGAGUCUUGCUGUUGUUUUAGGGAAGGCUCCCGAGUUCUAUGUGACGAUGGAGACUCCUGAGUUGUGUGUGAAAGUCGAGCCUCAUGAUUUUCUAUUUAUUUUAUGCAUAAAGGACGCAUGCAGAUGUAAACAAAUCAUUCUUUCAACACAAUCUUAAAAGGUAAGAAUCUAGAGUUCUGUGUGACGAUCAAAGGCCGCUGAUUUCUAUUUAUUUUACGUAUAAAGGGACCCACGCAGAUGUAAACAAAUCAUUCUUUCAAAAGCAAAAUCUUAAGAGGUGUUGAACAAUAUA